UUUAAACUUUAUAGGGGUCGUUAAUCAAUUAGCCUCUUAUAUAAAAUCCAAAACCUCAGUGACCCAUCCCCAAAAAAGUCGAACCGAGUAAAAGAGCUGCUGCUGCUGCUGCUGCUGCUAGGGUUUCUCUCCGUCUACUCGGCACCGCUCAAGCUUGUAUCGAAGAAUGUCUCGUGUGUACGUCGGAAACUUGAGUCCUCGAGUUUCCGAGGCAGAUCUCGAAGACGAGUUUCGUGUUUUUGGAAAUAUUAGAAGCGUGUGGGUUGCUCGGAGACCACCGGGUUACGCUUUUGUUGACUUUGAUGAUAUCAGAGACGCUGAGGAUGCAAUCCGUGGAUUAGAUGGUAAGAAUAACUGGAGAGUUGAGCUUUCACACAACUCUAGAGGUGGUGGUGGUGGUCGUGGUGGAGGUGGUCGUGGCCGCUCUGGCGGUUCUGAUUUGAAGUGCUAUGAGUGUGGUGAGCCUGGGCAUUUUGCUCGUGAAUGCCGUCUACGUGGUGGUGGUGGUGGUGGUGGUGGUGGAAGGCGUCGUAGCCGCACCCCUCCUCGCUAUCGCAGAAGUCCCAGUUAUGGUCGCAGGAGCUACAGUCCUCGUGGGAGAUCCCCAAGACGUCGCAGUUUGACACCACGUGGGAACAGCCGCAGCAGGUCCCCACCGUACCGUGGGCGGGAGGAGUUGCCUUAUGCCAAUGGCAAUGGUCUGAAGGAUCGCCGCCGAAGCAGGAGUUAAGGAGUGCAUACAUGGCUACCUGGCGUUGUUUUAGAAGAUAUACUGGGAUUAAGUGUUGUUUAGUGUGCUUGGACAUCAGCACAACUAUGUUUAAAUUGGGGGACGCCCUCAGCCUCUACUGUCUCUCUGAUUUGGUUAAGUUCCUUCCUUUCUUAACUCUAGCUGGUUUUAUUUAUCUUUGCAAAAUAGGCGUAGGGAUAAGGAUCUUAAAGGUAAAGUCGUAAACAUUAUAACUUUGUUUAAGAGUGUUUCUGGGAAUGCUGCUAAAACUCUAUGCUUUUUUCUUUGCUUUUUGUGUUGAGGUGUCGUCUGCUUCUUCUGCUUCAUUGGUUUUGUUCUUCUGCACUCCCUUGGCCCCUGGGAUUUUUGUGCUUCACUACUGCCCUGCUCUGGGAUCUUCAAUUUUGAAUGGUUGUCGGUCCCAGCCGGCUAGAGCUUCAAUUUUGUGUUUCUGCACUCUCCCGGGGAUUUCUUCACUGCCCUGCUACUGGGAUCUUCAAUUUUUGAAUAGUUGUGGAUCCCAGCCUGCUAUCUGCAGAGCUUCUAUUUUCCUUGAACUUCGUCGGUAGCAAUGCGCCUCCCUCAAACUAGUGGCAUUUGUUUAAUUGAGCAGUGGGUUACGCCUCGAAUGUUUCUGUUCUACAGAAGUUGGGUUGUUCAUAAACGAAGGAGUUGUUUGGAUUUUGCUGCUUCUUGAACUUUAUAUAUAAAUGAGUCGUUGCGUAUG